AUGAAAAGGAACAUCUUUGUAAGAAUCUUCCCAUUGUGUGUCUUUCAGAGAAAGCUACCAUCUGAUUCAGAAGUCCUUAACAAACCCAAAUUGGUUUAUACAGUCAGUGCCCGAGAAUUCUGGAAUCAAAAGCACCUCACGCCAGAAGAAACAGAGAUCCCAGAGUUGAGGGAUUACCUCAGGAUGAUCUAUCUGAAGGAGAAGCAGAAACUGGUGAAAGAUUAUGUGACUGAAGUAUGGGGCAUUCACAGGCUGGCUAAAAAUUUUGGCUCCAAGCCACAACCUGAGGACCGGAUAUUUCAGAAAAGUGGUGUGAAAGAAUUAAUGUUGAAGAAUGUCAGCUCUUUGGAGAAGCACAUUGAAAAAUGUUUUGCUGAGAUACGGCAGCCUCUCUGUGAAAGUGUGGAGAAUGCCAGAAGGAACUAUAAGAGUACCGUCAAGCAACUGCUCACAAGAGAUGAAGGAUACCGAGGUUAUCACAAGACCCUGAAAGCGGUGUGUUUGAAGGAUGGUAUAUAUGCCUCUAAGAAAUUUCUACGCAUUGAUUUCAAUGAAAGCCUUGUCAAGCCCUUCUAUGAUAAGGUUGAUUGCAUUUUUGGAAGUAUCUUCAGGAUCCAAAAUGCCACCAGAUCCAGUCUGUGGUCUCAUCUGGAAAUGUUUAAAAAUGAGGUGCAGAGCAAGAUACGCCAAACUGGAAAAGACAACCACCUGCCAAAUAACUGGAAGAUUGACAUUUUCAUUAAAGAAACAAACAUGAUUCUGAAAAAACUAGAAAAACAGAUUCUCUGCAGCAAGUUGAAUAUCUAUCAGAGUCUUUGUAUGUCCAUCCAAAGUGAUCUCAAGCCCCACUAUAAAGCUGCCUCAGAAGUUAAGGGUCAUGGAUCCUGUGAGCAGAUGAAGACAAUCCUCAUGAGAGGCAUUGAGAAUGAGGUGCAGAAGCAGAUGUUUGAGAAGGCCAAAUCCAAGAUGGAGUGGCAGUUCUGUGAACUGAAAAGAUACAUCUUGGAGACGCUGAAGGAAGAAAUUUCCAUUGUGUUCAACCUGGUCUUCUUGCAAGAGGAGCGGGCUGCAGUACAUUUGACAGAUAUUGAGAACGAAUGCAAAGAAAUCCACGAGAUCUACUUGAAAUUGCAUGAUGAUCAUUAACAAGAAAAGAUUCCUCCCUGCUGUAUUAAAUUAAAGUGGAGUUGGGCAGUGUGUGAAACAUGAUGCUGGACUUAGUUGGGCCACUGGCCUGAUUCAGCAGGGCUCUUCUUGUGUUCUUAUAACAUUAUAAGGUGCUUGCAGAUGCAGAUGGCUGUUUAAUCCUGCUUAUUUAGUCUGUGAAACAUAUAAGUAUCAUUUCUCACCCUGAGCUAUUUUGUACGGCUGAGCUGUCAAGGUUGUACGCUCAGAGACUAUCAUUGCUUGUGGAUAAGGGUAGCUGGAAUGCUAGGGGGCUGGGAUGCUGCUUCAUUGGUAGAGGGGGAAAGGCGCUUUUUAUUCAAACAAAGUAAUGGUCUGAAUCAACCUAUAUAUCUGAAUGUUUACCUGUACCUCCUCAGUCAUAGCAAGACCUGGUCUUGCCUGGUAUAGCUCUGUUAUUGAAAGUUUCUAUGAUUAAAUAAACAUAGAACUCAUCUUUAA